AUGGCUUAUGACAAGCUUCUAACAAAUGAUAAGAGGAGUAGAUGGUUUGGAGCAUCCCCAUAUUGUCACAAAUGUAGCAAUGAAAUUGAGAAUUCCAUUCAUGUCCUUAGGAAUUGGCCAUUGUCACUAGUUUCACAACUUGGUGACCAAAUUGGUCACAAAUUCUCGUAUUGUUUGGUUCCUUUUGGUUCAAAUUCUACAAGCAAGCUGAAAUUUGGGGACGAUGCAAUCAUUUCAGGAAACGGAGUUGUGUCAACUCCGUUAACCAUCAAUUCCUCUACACCUACUUAUUACAAUCUUAAUCUUGAAGGCAUAACCGUUGGUAAUAACACGAUUCAGAGUACUCAAAAUUCUAGCAACAUAAUCAUUGAUUCGGGGACAACGUUUACUUAUCUUGACCCAAGUAUGUUCAAUGAUAUCGUGACUCUGGUCACCGAAUCCUCAGCUGUUGAGGCAGUGCAAGACCCUCCAAAACCGUACGGUUUUUGCGGCAGUUUCCAAGGAUCAAGUGUUAACCUUAACGUGCCUUAUUUCGUGUUUCACUUUACUGGUGCUGAUGUUGCUUUGACAACUGAAAACAUGUACACCGUUGUUGACAACAACUUGCUCUGCUUGCUGCUGCUACCCAACACCGAAUUAAAUGGAUUGUCCCUCUUCGGAAAUUUGGCGCAGGUGAAUUUUCAGGUAGAGUAUGAUCUUCAAGGGAAUAAGGUUUCUUUUGCUCCUGCUAAUUGUACUAAUAGUAAUUAGCAUAUUCUUGUUACUUACGCCUUUUGUGUAUUAAAUAAAAUAAGAUAAUAAGAUUGUGUUAUAUGCAUUAUGCAUAGGUUUUAUA